AUGUUGCUCCAGUGGACACUUUUGCAGCUGGCCUCGCUGGGGAUCGACGACAGCAAGUUAAAUAAGAACGGCACAGGUGUACUCCCAAAUCUGAGACCAUUGAUUGGAGCCAGUCCAAUAAUAAAUCCGCCAGCACUGCUGAGUCAACUCCUGUUACCUAAUGCGCCUGCAGAGAUAUCACCGCCAGCACAAGCGGGAUGUCCGAACCGCACGUCAGAAGCAACUGCAGCACCAGAGCCACCACCCACAACGGCCUCAGAACCAACAACACCAACACCACCAGGAGUUACCACAGUUUCAUCUAUGGAUGGAUCAGAAUUGAAACCUUCUGCACCAGAAGUAACGACAGCUGCAGCAGCACCGACAACGACCGCACCAGAACCAACAACACCAACGCCAACACUAGUUACCUCAGUUUCAUCCACGAAUGGGUCAGAAUUGAAACCUUCUGCCCCAGAAGUAACGACAGCUGCAGCAGCACCGACAACUCCUGCACCAGAGCCAACAACACCAACGCCAACAGUAGUGACAACAGUUUCAUCCACGACUGGGUCAGAAUUGAAACCUUCUGCCCCAGAAGUAACGGCGGCUGCAGCAGCACCAACAACUCCCGCACCAGAGCCAACAACACCAACGCCAACAGUAGUUACCACAGUUUCAUCCACGACUGGGUCAGAAUUGAAACCUUCUGCCCCAGAAGUAACGACAACUGCAGCAGCACCAGUAACUCCCGCACCAGUUCUAGAAACUACAAGCACGCCGGAGUUAGAAACAUACACACCAAUAGUGACAACACAGCCUUCUGAUGGAUCAACACUGGUGGUUCAAGGAGGUCUUGAUGACUCACCAGAAGCAACGACGGCACCUGCACUACACACGACUCCGGCUUCAGGUACCACAAAUUUGGACAUCUUAGGACUUUUAUAA